CAUUCCACCGGUGCUGAGGGGAGACGCACACUCUCGCAAGUCUCCAUGUCCUUUCAUUCAUCUCGUGAGAAUAUUUUUAAUUAUUAGCAUAUUUUACGUUUUGUUUUUAGGUAAAAGUGUUUUUAAGAUAGUUUUUGAAUAAGUAGAUAUGCAGAAGGGAGUGAAGAUGAAGAUGACAUCUGAUCAGAACACAGACGAUUUUAUUCCAGGCGAUAUAGUGUUUGCUAAGAUGAAGGGUUAUCCUUUCUGGCCUGCCAGAAUUGGUGAAGGAAAAGCCCCGAAAAAUAAGAUCCCCAUCUUCUUUUAUGGAACACACUCAACAACUUUUCUCUUCCCCAAAGACAUCGUCCCCUACUGGCCAAACAAAGAGAGGUACGGCCGGCCCAUCAAACGGGGCGGGUUUGAGGAGGGCAUGUGGGAGAUUGAGAACGACCCGGGCGUGGGCCUCAGAGGUCAAAAGAAAGUAGCGCUGGUGAAACGACUCUCAGAGAGUCGACCGAAACUGAAAGACAGGAAGAAGAAAGCAGAAAAUCAGAGCGAAGCCAAGAACCAGACUGGAUCGCGUAAAGAUUCGGUGUUGAAGGGCGAUUUGAAAGUAGCGACGCCACGUGGGAGAGAAACUCCAAGCAAAACAAAGUCUGAACCUGUCAAGUCGACGGAUGAUAAAACAACCGAUACCAGGUCGACGCGCUCCAGAGAUUCAACGGCGAAGAUCGUCACGCCCAACGAAAGACGGACGGCUGAAGUCGCGCCUGCGAGGAGAGUGACGUCGCUCAAGACGGUCACGGCAGAAAGGAGGAUGCUGCCGUCCAGGAAGAUCAUUUUAACGAGACGAGCCACUGCGGCAAAGACGCUUUCCGUUCGCAGGAAACACGUACUGAAUAGAAAGAUCGUUUCAACUGCGAAGAAACGGAUGGAUGCUAACAAUCACCGAAAGCCCUUGAGGAUCACGCGCUCUACUGCAGAUCUGACCCAGACCACAGAUGACGUCACUGCCGCGCCGCUCAGGACGCCCGUGCUGAAACGCAAGCGCUCGCAAACCGCCUCUGAUGGAAGACAGGAAGGAACUCUGAAGAAAGACACGCCUGUUUCUCUUCCAGUGACGAGCAGCUCCGCCCCCUCCAGCCCAGCAGGCUCAAAGAGGAAGCGGCCCACAGAAGAGCAGACGUCUGUCCCUGACAAGCCUGUUUCUCUUCCAGUGACGAGCAGCUCCGCCCCCUCCGGCCCAGCAGGCUCAAAGAGGAAGCGGCCCACAGAAGAGCAGACGUCUGUCCCUGACAAGCCUGUUUCUCUUCCCGUGACGAGCAGCUCCGCCCCCUCCAUCCCAGCAGGCUCAAAGAAGAAGCGGCCCACAGAAGAGCAGACGUCUGUGCCUGAAGAACCGGAGAAGAACGAGGUCAAGAAGAUAAAAGCACAAGAUAAGGAUGAACGGACACAGGCGGAGAAUAAACCCGAGGAGGUGAAGAGUGAUGUUCUGAGCAUCUCCGAAAAGCAGGAUGAGACAAAAGAGGAGAAACAUCCGAGAGGUGAAGAGAGGAGUAAGAUCCCGGCGGAGAAGAGGCAGAGCGUGCUGAAGUCCCUGCAGGGAUUGGUCACGUCCACCAGGGGAAAGACACAGUCCGGCGCCGAACAAACCGCUCAACACGAGGAGCCGCAGAAACGGCCCGAGAGGAGCCGCGGCGUCAGGAGCGAGAACCGCAGCCCCGUCAAACCGGCCGAGGGCGAGAAGAAAGAAACGGAGCAGAACGGAGAACAUGACAGCAGGAACGCGGAACAGCAGAACAACACCAGCAGAGAGGAAGAGCGCAAAGCUCCUUCUCUGUCCGUCACAGAUUCUCUGCUCUACCGGCUGCACGGUGACAUCAGAAUCUCAAUGACGCUCGACAAUCCAGAUGUCAGUAAGUGUUUGUUGGCUCUGGACGAGUUGAGCACCGUCCCCGUCUCGUCUCGAAACAUCCAGAACCACAGCGAGCUCAUCGACACGCUCAGAAAGAUGCGGUGGUUUCGUGGCAGCGAGGCGAUCAUGUUUAAAGCCUCCAUGUUGUAUCAUCGCUUCAAGAACAUCUACCUCAUCGGAGACGCAGACGAGCCUCUGAGUCAGGAGUACAUCGACUCGCUGCAGCAGGAGAGAGAGAGCGACGAGCGGCAGACUGACACCGGAUCAGUUAUCAGUCCGACGGGAGAGACUCAAGAUACGAAACAAGCGCCUCAAACCACUGAACACGUGCCUCGCAGCGCAGCCGUCGAGGACAGGAGCUGACCUGAGGAAACCGCCGGAGUCUUUUUAACCUUGUUUGUGUUGUUAAUCCGAGAGAGAGAGAGAGAGAGAGUUUUAUCCGAUCACCGUUGCAGUUAUUUAUUGGCGCUGAGAUGAAGAGCUGGUGUAAAUCACACGUUCCCCUCGCCGUCAGAGUUUCAAGAGCUCAGUCUGAAAUCCUCACGCUGAUGCUUUCAGGUCUUUUACUUCUCAUGUCAUAGAUUGAUCCUAAUGCGAUGAAGACGGUGUCGUUCUUCAGGAAAGAGAGAGAGACACACUAAUAAAGGCAGAGAUAUUCCUUACGUUUGUUUAUCCUGUCAGUUCACAAACACCUUCAGCUUUGAUUUCACACAUUCAGAUGUUGGUUUUGAGGUCAGAUGUCGUGUGAACUCUGAUCUGAAGUGUGUGAAAGUGACAGGAUCCAGAUUUAUGCACCUUCCCUUUUAUCACAGAGCAUUAAAUCACUUAUGAAGCUUCAUCAGACUUUAGCUGUGUGUUUUACAAUCAUUGUGACACUACAAUUAAAGUGAUUUGACUGAGCAGUGUCUGAAAACUCGGCAAAUCUAGUCGGACACGUCUCAUAAUCUUUUAAAGAGUUUCUCGAACACUUCAGAUGGACGUUUGUUCUCUUUUCUGUUUGUAAGACAUUAAGCAUUAAAAUGUCCAGUUGUGUGUGUGUGUGUGUGUGUGUGUACACAGGGCAGCUAAAUCAUCAUCAUCGUCAUCUUCAUACAGUGUACAGUAACACUUUGAGUCUGAUCUGGACUCGUUCACACACGAUCUGAUCUGAAUCCGGUGCUAACAGACGCCGUCUGCGUCGUGAAAACAUUUCGCCGUAACACUUUCUAGCAUUAUCUGUCCUGCUCACACGCCCCUAGAUUUGUAUUAUAAAGCACUUGCAUGUGCUUCCUGUGUUGAUGUUACAGUCAAUAUGAUCUUGAUCACAUUAAACUGAUCUUCAAUA